CCUGGGGAGCGCCGGUGUUCAGUGUGGUGGUGCUGGAGGUGGAGUUGCCAAUCCUGACGGAAUAAGGUACAACAAUUAUUCCAAUUUUUGAGUCCCUGUAUAAAGAUCUAAUAAAUGAUAAAAGGGUUUCCUGUUUCAGGGGUUUGCGUCAGGCAAGUGCUUUUUUUAACUCGUCAGAAGGAAGGCUACAAGAAAAUAGCAAAAGGUCGCUGGCUUCAUUUGCACUUUUAGUUUUCCAUUAAAGUGGAAAUACUUGCUAAGUUGCAUAAGGAGUAUGUCAGUUCAACAACAUAGAUUAUUAAACAGCAGAGCACCUGAGUCAAAAUUUAAGAAACUGAUUCUGAACAAACCACAGUGACUGAUGUGGUCCUCGGAAACAAUUCUUUGAGUGCAAAGAGGGUGCGCAUCAGCACAGCACCCAAUUCCGGUAAAUCUAGUAUUCUAUAUUCAGGGGCUUGCAGUCCUUUUCUGCAGCGCAAGCAAAGUGAGAUGGUAAUGGAGAGGGUGGGGUCUGGCUAGACCACAGUGAGAACGUUGCACUGCUUAUACCCCCCACCCCACAGAUGCUUUCUUUGUCAAUCCUGAAACCUGAAAAAGGCCUGUUGCUUUUCAUGUGGCCGGGUUCCCAUUUCUUAUAUCUGCUUAAAGAGUUUAUAGUACUAAAGCAGAAUUUCUAGACACUGUUUACAAACAUGCAUUACUAAGUCAACGAUCAACCCAUCCAUGUCAGUUUAUACAGACUUUACGUGUGGAAUUUCUGUUAUUUCUCUAAAAUAUCUCUUUUUGCCGUUGCUCUUAAACCGUGAUGCUCUCUAAAUAAGGAUAUUGGUGGGGUGUAUCUCUCAUCAGUAUUAGAUGGGAUAAUGAGAAUGUUAAGAAAAAAAUCACAACUUUUACCUUUCAACUACUGGGGUAACCGAUUUUAUUUGAGCCAAAUAUUAAAUGUUGUGUUAUGUUUUAUUAAUUAUAUUUUAUAAGUUCUUUUCUCAAGGGAAGAGCACCAAGAUCCUGUCUCUCUGAGAAGCAUUUUUAAGUUCAGCCUUUAAAUCUUUCGCUUUCUGCUAAAGGCCGAUGCAGUGGCUAAAAUGUGUUAUCAGCUUCAACCAAUAAGGUGCCACAAGAUCAAAAAUCAACAACAGGUAAAACUGAUCACCUAAUUAAAGAAAUUCCAGUGCAGAGCAUAACAACGUGAAACAACGCGGUUGUGUGUGUAUAUAUAUAUUUAUAUUCCUUUUUUUUAAAUAUUCUGGAAUGUAAAUUAAUGGCAAGCCUGAGGUCAAUACUGUCAAUUAAAUGUUUGUCAGUGGCCCUUGAUACCAAAUGUUCAAAAAAGGAAAACAUAACAGCAAACAACUAAGGCUCAUUUUGAGCCCUUUUCUAAUAACCAGUAUGCAUUUCACAGCAUGUCUUGGCCACACAGAAAAUCAAGCUUUGGUACGGUGAGCAAGCCGUAUGGGGCAAGUGGCGUUGGGAGGCGUGAAAGGGGCGUGUGGGUGGACCCUGUGGGUUCCACACGUCUCGUUCAAAGCCUUAUUACGAAGUGCAAUCAGACUGAUACUUUCCUCUCGAGACCUCGGAGCAUACACGCCACACUUUGCAGAAUGAAUUCCGAUCCCAGCUGUGCGUACCCUCAGAUCUUUAUGGUGGACAGAGGUGGGAUGCAGACGGCCAUGGGACAAGCUGUCCCGCUGCCGUGCUGGUCUUUCCCACCUCAAAGAGCAAAGUCCAGUAAGAGGAGCUGCGGUGAAGGCUGUGUGAUGACCAUCGUGCUGCUGAUGCUGUUCCUGGUGCUGGCAGCACUGGGGUUGGGAGCCUAUCAGAUCCUGAAGCUGCAGGCUGAGCUGGUGCAACUGAGACAGGAGAUGGCAACACAGAGUGACAUGCCCACAGUGCAGAGGCAAACGGGUCUUGAAGAGAUCAAAACAGACCAGGAGAUCAGGCAGGCUGCUCAUCUCACAAUUAAGACUGAAAAGUCCAAAGAUUAUGAGAGGACUCUUCAUUGGGUGCCAAAGCACAGCCCUACCUUCACAAGCGGAGUCGUCUACAGGCACGCCGAUGGAGGGCUGCAGGUGAACGAGACAGGCCUCUACUUUGUGUACUCGCGUGUGGAAUACGAAGCAGUGAACUGUGAUUCCCAAAAAGCCCUCAUCCACAAGGUCUUCAAGAAGGGCUGGCACCCUGAGCCAUCCAUCCUUCUAAAGGGACAUCCCGAGGACUAUUGCCGGAAGGGUCACUGGUCUGCCAGCAGCUAUGUGGGUGGUGUCCAGAAGCUAGACCGGCUAGAUCGGCUUUAUGUUAAUGUGACAUACCCAGCCCUGCUAAGUCAUGAACACAAGAGCAGUUUCUUUGGACUCUUCAAGAUUUGAGAUCUUUUCGAAGCUAUGACUUUCAUUAACAAAGGCACUGGCUAAAUGAAAACCAUGGACUACUUGCUUAGCACAAGAUACCAGCCUAAAACUAAUAGUAGAGUAAUAUAUUUAUUUCACAUAGUUGUGAUUCAUCUUGACAAUGGAACAAGCACAUCAGAGUUUUGAUUUAAUUAAUUUAAUGUGAUAUAGUGACAAAAUAGGCACUGUAUGUAAAAGUUUGUUGAACACUAAUGGGCUUCUGGGAGUUAUUGAAUGCAUAUAAAUAUUUAUUUUCUCAUGAAGCUAAUCCUGGGGAAACUAGCAUUAGAUCUGAAUGUAUGUUCUUUUGAACACAGAAAUACAAUUAAUCUGGCCUGUGCUUUUAGACAUCUUUCUUGCUAUUUAAAAAUUCUUGUAUGUGGCAAUCGCAGAAAUAUCAGUUUGAAAGCACAAACAUCCAAAACCUGAACGACGAACAGUUCAACAUGAUUGCAGACGUUCCAGUUUCCAGUUAAAUUGCAUUAUUGACGGUAGAAUAUUAAGUUGGAAAUGGUAUGUUUUCAUUAGUCUUUUUUGUUUUAGAUUACAUUGCAAAUGCUUGUCAAUGAUUUUACUUUU